GCAGCAGCAGCUUGCCAGCAUCGCCUUCAAACCCAAGCGCUUGUGCUGACGCGCUUGGUCCUCUCCCGCCGGCGUCUUCCUCUUUACUCCUCCCGCCGCAUCCGCCGCCGUCCGGACUGGUGGUGCUGUGCAGGUGCAGCCCGCGCGGCGCGAAGCCAAGCCCACAUAAACAAAACAGCUGCUCAUCCCGGGCUGCCCGACCGAUGGCCAUGCGCGCGGCGGCGGCUUCCUCUUGGCGUUUCUAGAUGGGCUCCUCCUCUUCCCCUCGUCGUCCUCCGCCGCCGCCGCCGCACCCGCAGCCUCUUUUACUGCCGCUACUCAUGCCACCGCCUCCUUAUUGCCGCCGCUCGCCUCCCAACAAUCCCAUCACCACCUAGGCCAGUACCAGCAGCAACAACACUCCGCCGCCGCCGCCAUGGUCCGCAAGCGCCCCGCGCCCGACGUCGACCUCCCGCCGCCGCGCCGCCACGUCACGGGCGACCUCUCCGACGUCACCGCCGGUGCCGGCGCUGCUGGUGCGCCCCCGCCGCACCUGCCGCCGUUCUCCGCCAGCGCGCAGCUGCCCGCGCUGCCCACCCAGCUGCCCACCGCGUACCAGUUCCAGGCGCACGCGCACCAACACCAGGCCGCGGGUGUGGACGUCCCCGCGGCGCACGCGCAGGCGGCUGAGGUUGCGGCGGCGGCGGCGCCCUCCACGACGGCGUGGGUCGACGGCAUCAUCCGCGACAUCAUCGGGAGCAGCGGCGGGGCCGGGGUGUCCGUGGCGCAGCUCAUCCACAACGUCCGCGAGAUCAUCCACCCCUGCAACCCCGGCCUCGCCUCCCUCCUCGAGCUCCGCCUCCGCUCCCUCCUCGCCCCCGCCGACCCCGCGCCGCUGCAUCCACCUCUCCUGCACGCCGCUCCGCACGUCGCCGCGCUCCCUCCCGCUCCACCACCACCGCCGCCGCUUCAUUCCGCAGAGAAGCACUGUCCUCCUCCGCCGCAGCAGGACCAGGAGCCCAACAACCCGCCGGCGCCAUCGCAAUCGCCCAAGGCCCCGACGGCGGAGGAGACCGCCGCCGCCGCCGCCAAGGAGCGGAAGGAGGAGCCGCGGCGUCGGCAGCGGGACGAGGAAGGGCUCCACCUGCUCACCCUCCUGCUGCAGUGCGCGGAGGCCGUGAACGCGGACAACCUCGACGACGCGCACCGGUGCCUGCUGGAGAUCGCGGAGCUGGCCACGCCGUUCGGCACCUCGACGCACCGCGUGGCGGCCUACUUCGCGGAGGCCAUGUCGGCGCGCCUCGUGACCUCCUGCCUGGGCAUCUACGCGCCGCUGCCGCCGGGGAACCCCGUGGCGGCGCGCCUGCACGGCCGCGGCGUCGCCGCGGCGGCGUUCCAGGUGUUCAACGGCAUCAGCCCCUUCGUCAAGUUCUCGCACUUCACCGCCAACCAGGCCAUCCAGGAGGCGUUCGAGCGGGAGGACCGCGUGCACAUCAUCGACCUCGACAUCAUGCAGGGGCUGCAAUGGCCGGGGCUCUUCCACAUCCUCGCCUCCCGCCCCGGCGGCCCGCCCAGGGUCAGGCUCACCGGCCUCGGCGCGUCCAUGGACGCGCUCCAGGCAACGGGGAAACGCCUCUCCGACUUCGCCGACACGCUCGGCUUGCCCUUCGAGUUCUGCGCCGUCGCUGAGAAGGCCGGCAAUGUUGACCCGGAGAAGCUCGGCGUCACGCGGCGUGAGGCCGUCGCCGUCCACUGGCUCCACCACUCGCUCUACGACGUCACCGGCUCCGACUCCAACACGCUCUGGCUUAUCCAAAGGCUGGCCCCGAAGGUGGUGACAAUGGUGGAGCAGGACCUGAGCCAGUCAGGGUCCUUCCUGGCGCGGUUCGUGGAGGCGAUCCACUACUACUCGGCGCUGUUCGACUCGCUGGACGCGAGCUACGGCGAGGACAGCCCCGAGCGGCACGUCGUGGAGCAGCAGCUGCUGUCGCGGGAGAUCCGCAACGUGCUCGCCGUCGGCGGGCCCGCCCGCACGGGCGACGUCAAGUUCGUCGGCAGCUGGCGGGAGAAGCUGGCGCAGUCCGGGUUCCGCGCCGCCUCGCUCGCCGGCGGCGCCGCCGCGCAGGCGUCGCUGCUGCUCGGCAUGUUCCCCUCCGAUGGGUACACGCUCGUGGAGGAGAACGGCGCGCUCAAGCUCGGGUGGAAGGAUCUCUGCUUGCUCACCGCCUCAGCUUGGCGCCCUAUUCAUCAGGCACCGUGCCGUUGAAAGUUGAGAAGAAUUUUCUUACAGAGCUAAUGCUUUUUAGUUUUUAUUACUACUGCUAGAACUCACUUACUUCUAGAGGUUAUUCUUGGACCUACUAGUUUCUUUUCUUAGUGUUAGCUAGAUGCUCAUCAAUGCAAAUUGGGUUAUUUCUGAGGAAAGAAAAUGGAAACAUGCAUUCUGAUCACUAAUUGUUAGUAGAUCCCUGAUUUCCUUCACAGUGACAGUUACUGAUGUAAGCUUAAUUAGUUUGUUGGUAGGUUCUGCUUAGAUGUCGAUCAUCCAUCUUCAGCAACCUGUGAAACUAGUCAUAUA